CUUGUCAACAUGUCCACACCAACAUGUCGCCUCGGUUCUGCGUAUAUGAUAACCACAAUCUGUGGUAGCAGCAUUUCGUAAAUAGAAGAACGUUGGCAAGGAUGUCGGUGAAUAUGAACAAUGAUGACAGCGAUGCCGAUGAAGGAAUUACUUUUGAAGCCAGAGAGCGAAGUUGUUGGGCCGGUUUUGCACGCCACUUUGAGAUGUUUAUCAAAUGGCUUCUGCAUCAUGCAACAGGGUCGUCGACGGUGUCGCUGAAGAAACCACGCAGCAGUCGUGGUCUGCUGAGUUCGUUCUUCUGUUGUUUCGGGACAAACAACAACAAUAACAACAACAAUGCCCAGAACCACUGCCAAGUGCCUCAAUCACCAGAAAAUGGCAACCCUAAGCCGAUUGAGAAGUACUUGUUACCUCCAGUCCGGAACAUGGACACAAGCAAGAAAUGCGUUGUGAUUGACUUAGAUGAAACGCUGGUGCAUAGCUCAUUUAAACCAAUCAGCAAUGCAGACUUCAUAGUUCCUGUGGAAAUAGAUGGCACAAUACACCAGGUGUACGUGCUAAAACGUCCAUAUGUAGAUGAAUUCUUGCAGAAGAUGGGGGAGAUGUUUGAGUGUGUGCUGUUCACAGCUAGUUUAGCAAAGGUGCCCGUUGCCUCGUGGUUUGAUGACAUGUCUGACACUGAGCUGCUGGACCUUCUGCCCUUCUUUGAGAACUUGUCACGAGAGGACAGUGUAUACACAGUGCUCAAAAACAACACAAACUCUCCUGCCUCCACCCCACCCUCAUAGCGAACUGCCGCCUGGCAACACAAUAACUUAACAAAACUCGUUUAUGCAAGUUUUUAUUAUAAAUCAGUGAAUGAAAAGUGUGUGAAUGAUCAGGAGCGCCCAAGAGCAAAUGUGAAAUUGGACACUUGAAAAUUUACACAUACUUAUCUACUCUGCUUAGAAAAAAAAACAAGAAAAAAUACAAAAAAUGGCGACAUGCUCAAAUUUUCUGCCUCGCACUCAUUGGUUGUGAUGUAUCACAUGACUCAUAAACCAGUGUUUGGUUGGUGAAUAAAGAGGUUAGUUAAACCAAGAGUGGCCUGUGACAAUCGAAUCUUGGGUUGACGAAGAGUCUGUCCAGAUGGAAUGAGAAAAGGAGACAUUAGUAGUGACGGAGAUUCCCCCUGCAGCAGUAAAAUAGCGACCUAGCAUCACUUGCUCCGUCAGUGGAUAAGCAGAUUGUCCACUAUGACAGGGAUUAAGUUGACUGUGUCGACUUUAUCCCCAUCCUCGCAUCCACGUCUGAGCUGGCCCGGAAAAAAUAACCAGUACACGACACACCAUGAGAUGAACUACAGAGGUGAAAAAUGGUGUACAGAUCAAGGGAGACAACUUUGUUGUGGCACUGGGCAGGAGAAUUUCGGCACUGAGGAGGACAAAGAAAACUUGGUUGGCUGUUGUUACAAGGAAUAUCAUUGGCUGCUGAUGGUCAUGUUUUCAUCGGCUGAUGUACCAGGACUAAUCAAGUGUUUGUUGCCAAAUGUUCGUGUUCAACUUCAACUAGUAACAUAAGGUGCACAACUGUUUUAAUUUCUAGCUUACAGUUAAUUGUAGCGCUGCAAGUUCAAAUCAUGUGAUAUAAUAUUCAAGAGAAAAUAAUUCAGACUACUGUUCUGAAUUGAAGAAAAAUGGCAAAAAUUGUUAAAAACUAAAAAUGAAACAAACAAAAAAAGUUUUUCGUUCUCCCCUUUUUCACUCUGUGAUGAGCUUUAUUCACUUCAGGGCUCUGCCCCAUCCAUCACGUGCAAUGAACUCUUUUAAUGUGUAAAGUUUUAACUAUCUGAAACUGAAUGAUCUUUAACUUGUUUUAGUGAAGUAACAUUUGUCAUGCAUAUGUGUCAUGUUAAAGAUGAAAUGUUUAUUGAUGGGUUACUAGGCAACACAUGACUCAAUGUUCUAGUGUGUUCUCAUUCUAUACUGUGCGCAUGCCCACUUUCUCUAUAUUGCCUUGCUCACAGAACUGAUGGCUAAAUCCACAACAAAUAUGAAAACAGCAUUGUUCAGCAUAGCUGAAAACAGUAGGAAAUAAUUGUAUAUACUUGUUUAUGAGCUGAAAAAACAACAUAGUUUUACAUAGAAAUAGAGACAAUAUUUUACAUGUUUAUACAUAGGGAUAAAGAAACAACAUUGUUUUACAUGUUUAUAAGCAUGGAAAUAUUGACAUUGUUUUACAUUUUUAUCAGAUUCCAAGGCUAUAUUGUGGUUAUUUAACCUGGCAAUAUAAGCAAAGACAUCAUUCUAUCUGUACUACCUACCAGUCCGGAGGAUUUCUUGGAAAAUGAAUCUUAUAGAAAUAGAUUGUAUUGUAGAUUUUUUUCAAAAAUAUUUUUCUUGGCAAUGCCAGUUUUAAAUAUUGAGCUUUCAGGGUCCAGUUCUAUCCCUGAUUGAGGAUAUUUGUAUUCAGUGUCAACUGAAUUUGAUUAAAUAAAAGGUAUGUUUUCAUUUUUGUUGUGGGCAUUGCCAUCAGAAUGAAAAUGGCAGCUAUCUUUAAAGUUUGAUCAAUUGUCUACACAAGCCUGUUGAGUUGGAGUAUAUAUAUGCGCCUAUAUAGAAGUCGUCUACAGAUACUGUUAUGCUGUGGGUUUUAAUUUCUGUUGAUUUCUUACCUAGCAAGAAUGGUGUUAGUAUUGAAAUAAGCCAUGUUUGUGACACCACUGAUGUAUAUCAACCAAAUCGGCAUCUCCACCCCUAAACCCUAUCCUGAAACUUACAUUGUAAGAAAUGUAUCGUUGAGACAACUAACCCAAAACUUACACCAGUUUAUUGCAAUCUGGGGGUUAACUUCAUGAGCAAGUAAGGUAGCUAAGUUGUGGAAGAAGGCAAAUGGUCCUUUCGACUGUGCUCUGGUCGAGUAUACUAUUGCUUCUCUGCAGUACAAAUAAUAGCAGGUUGUAGUUGUCAGCGGGUGAGUCGAGGUCAUAGCUGCUGUUAGUUAUCAGGAGCUUGCGUUUUGAGAAACAUUUCUCGGCUGUCACGUGUGAUCACUUAUCGUAACAUAUUUUUGUUUGAUGAGCCACGAUGUACUUAAAUGAUAUCACUUCACUCAAGAUUGAUAGUAAAUCUUUGUUUUCUCGCAUGGCUGAUUUUAGGACAUUCAAGUUUGGUUCUUGUACUGGGAAAGAAUGUAUCCCACACUGGCUUUCAAGUUUGAAUGUAUACAUAGUAUUCUAUGCUUGGUGCUUAUGAACCAUAACAUCUAUGAAUGAUUUUCGUUAUACACCAACAGCAUGACGUUCAGGUUGAUAAUGAAGUUACCCAUAUUUUGUUGUUUCACGUAGACCUAAACGAAGCUCACUGUAAUAUUGGCGAUACUUGAUUCAAGAACAUCACAUGAUAAUAAAAACAUUAACUUUAUUAUUAUACCUACAAGAUGAUGAUGAUGAUGAUGAUGAUGAUAAUGUUACUCAAAUCAUGGCAUUAUUUUUAGGCGUAUUCUUAUUACAGAUUCAGAAUCUGAUCUUUAUGACAUGCAUUUUAGACGUUGUUAAGACAUAUUUUUACUCGAAGAAACCAACUAUUCAUGACUCGAAGAUUUGUAGAAUUUUAUGAGAGUGUGUUUAUCAAUUGUAUAUAAAUUAAUUAUUUUAGUUUAUUUCAGUUUCAGGCUGUUGAUGAAAUUUUCAUUUUUUUGUAAAGUAAGAUGAGGGCUUGUUAGGCUAUGAACACCUAAAAGGUACGGUGACCCUCAUUGAAACACUCAGAUUGCUGGGCAAACUGUACCUACAUGCAAUGUCACUUACAGAAGGAAAUUAUUUUUGCUACUUUUGAAAAUAAUAUAUAUAUGCUUGUAAUAUAACAUUGGCCUUGUCACAAGCUACUUUUUACAAUGCCAAAAGGGCAGUGUAGAUGUUAAGCUUGAAACAAGUGUUGAGGUUGGCCUAUUGUACAUGGAGUUGAUGUGUGUACAGACUAGCGGAAAGAGUAUAUGAAUAUACAUGUAUACAUAUGUAGAUAAUGUUAUAUGCCAGUGGUGAUGCAUAUAGUGUACAUGCAUGAAACACUUGUGUCAGUCACCUCUGUUGUUUGGAUCAAAACACUCCCCUUAACCCACCUACUUCUGUUGUACCAUCUUGUUUCCUACCCUGGCAAAUGUGAGUCGGUGAUGUACGUCGGUAGAUCUUCACUCCUGUCAACAUUUUCAUAUGGAAUACUUGUGGUGUAUACUGAAUGUUUGUAAAAACAAACAAGGCCUUUAGUUUUUUUGCUUGAUUUGUUUUCUAGGGUUUUGCUGAUUAUGGAAAAUGUUUUUGAAGUCAAUGCGUUUACCUGUUUUGAAUUAAUUGUUUAUGACUUUUUCAUGGUUGUUGAAAUAUGUUAAUUGUAGUGAGAUGAUUACAAAUUACUUAACUCUUUAAGAAGAGCUCAUUGGAUUCAUCAUUUUUGCUGACUGAACAAAACUGUGAGCACAAAUGGUCUGUUACUGUUUUGAAAAAUAGUUUUGAUAGAUGUUUAUAGAUUUUGAAGAACGAUGUCUUCCAUGAAAUGAACUAUUUUGCAAAAACGUUAAGUUACUUGUCAAUAAUGGCUAAUUUGGUUAAGUCUAUGAAACUAUGCCUCUUUGUGUUGAGAUCUGAGGACAUGUCUAUCAAAAGGUACAUCAGGUGAACUCCGAGUGUACUUUGACUGCCCAAUGUAAUGGAAGGCGGAGUAGAUUUUUGAGCCUGUCAGGAGUCUGAAAUGAUGAGGCUUCAUUUUUGUACCAUUUUGAUGCUGACAUUUUUUACAAACCCACACGGCACACAUUCCUGCAUUCUGAGACACAAGAAUUUCUGAAAUGUCGACAAAAGUAUGAAACAGCAGGACUAAACUUUCUACUUUUGAAACUCGUGUUAGUUUUGGCAGAUGAAGUAUUUUCUAGUUUCAGUGCCUCACUCGUGCUGAGAAAUCAGAAAAGACUCCACCCUGAUGCGGACUAGUUGAUUGAAAGUUCAGUUGAUGCGAGCUCGUCGAGAUGUGUCCUCAAAUCUGUACACAGAGUGGUGUUGUGUCAGAGUGUAAAACCUGAUUUUCAAGAGAGUAAAGGCACGGUUGAUUAAUUGUUACAUAGUGUCAAGUCUUGAGGUGUUCAUUCAUGCAAAUAUGUUGCAUGGCUUGAAUGGAAAAUAUUCUCGCACCUUCCUUACCGUUAUAAACAUAAUAAUUGUGCCAUAUGACUACCAAAUUCCCAAUUUCAUUUAAUGUGGUUACUAUAUUUUGAUAUAAACUGCGUGUGGAAGCACCUGUUGGUUUGAUGAAUCCCCAUUACGAUGGCCUAAUAUUAAGUAGUAGGUAAUGUUAAUCAAAUGGUUUGAACCACAGCUUCGGGAUGACAUUAGUGAUAUGACUUCACCUUAUGCAGAGGUUUAACCUCAGGUUUGGAGGGGCGGUGGGGUAGCCUAGUGGUUAAAGUGUUCGCUCGUCAUGCUGAUGACCUGGGUUCAAUUUCCAACAUGGGUAUAAUGUGUGAAGCCCAUUCCUGGUGUCCCCCACCGUGAUAUUGCUGCAAUAUUGCUAAAAGUGGUGUAAAACCAAACUCACUCACUCAUGUUUGAAUGAUCCAGUGGAAGAGUUGCCUACCUUAUCCAUACCAGGAUCUGCAGGUUGUGUGUUUGAGUCCCCAAAUUGCCCAGAAUAUGAUCAUGUUCUAUCCCAACCAUGUUUAUAGGAUUCACAAACAUGAUGGUCUCACCAGCUAGAACUUCAGCUCUCCAUUACACCGAGCUCAUAGAUAGUGAAAUAUCUCAAAUUCCGUCACUACAGCAUCAAACCCUAAUCCCUCACUCACUUUACCAAAGGAGACACAUCUGUGAACAUCUUUGCUUGACCUAUUUCCCAAUGUCUGCUGUAUCUAUUGACCCUCUACGACCACCCUCUGUUCUUGUGUAUAUCUAUAAAUGUAUCUCACAUUUACCUUUGUUGAUGCUUCUAAUGGCAGUUAUAUGUGUAUUAUGUCCCAUUAUGGAAUUGUAAAUAGACCCAGUUAAGCAUGUUUUGAUCAUAACCUUUUCUGCUUCUAGAGCCUUACGUAUUUAUUUUUUGCAGUUACAUGUAUAUAAGGGCUUUGCUUUCACUAAACCAUUAAUAUUGUAAGUUGGCAAGAUGAACCCGCAAGGUGUUAUCAAUUCAAUUCUUCAAGUCUGAGUGCCUCUUGAAAGUAUCACACAAGGUAUAAUAAUUUUCAGAAAUAUUGCGAGAUCAACAUUUAAUCCUAAAUGUAGGUCUAUGAGAUGUCCUCAUGGUUUAAGUGUUGGCUUGUCAAUCAAAGCCCAGGUAUGUGUGGAAAUCAUUCUUGAUAUUUAAGCUGUUAUUUGAAUGAUAUUGCUAAAAGCAGAGAUGAGAAUGGGUAUUAAUGAAAAAAGAGGAAAACAAGCCAGGGGUGUUUGGGGCCUCAGGUCCCCAUGCCAGAUCCAGUGACCCCAGCCCGAUCAAAUCCACGGAAUUCAGUAGAUCCACAGAAAAUUCUCAUCCCUGUUAAAAUGGGUUCAAACCUCACUGACUUGUGUUUAAUGUUAGAAGUUACAAUUUUGCGUAAUGGAGUUUUCGAAAUAGUUAUAUCUAUUAUGUUCUGAUAAUACGUGGUACUUGUUUGGAGAAAAGACCUAAUUGAAAGAAUAUUUAAAUUUAAUAUCAGAUAUCGGUAGGUGUCUUGGUAUCACUGCACAAACAUAUCACAGGGUUCUUGUACUAUAAACACGACUGACAUCAGUGGCGUAUGUGAAUAUAGCAAACUGUAAUCUCUUUAGAGAGGCUGGCAGCCGUAUAUUUGAGAGAUUACGGUAACUGUCAUAUAUAUUUAUAUAUAUGUGUAUGUAUCUGAAA